UAUUUUAUGCAAUAAAUAAAAUAAACGCAUUGCCCUCUCACUCCUCUCUAAAGCCACCCUUAUUUCCACUCCCUCCGCCGGUUAGUCCCUCUACUCUGUACCACGCGCCACCGUGCUCUAUACCUUAAUCUAAACUCAUCUUUUUGGGACCCACACGAAGAUUUGUUCUUAUCCUGUAACUUUAAAUAAGCAUGUGUAUCAGUGCAUGGUACUUGUGUCUAGCAGUCAUUCCUUACAAGCAACUAAGUAAAGUGUAGUCAGCUUUUUUUUAUCCCCCUUAAACCCAUCCCCCGCCGCCAUGCAAGCCACUAUUCUAACCUUACGCACCACUGUAAUCCCCACGAAUAAACCACUGACCCCUCCUCCAAACCGCCGCCGAUGUCUUCUUAUAACGGCACAAUCCCAAGCAGCCGUAACACCCGACCCUCCCUCUCCACCCACAGUAAAACUCAACAAAUAUAGCUCAAGAGUAACGGAACCGAAGUCACAAGGCGGGUCCCAGGCGAUGCUAUACGGGGUAGGAUUAUCAGAAGACGACAUGUCGAAACCCCAAGUGGGAAUUUCGUCGGUGUGGUACGAGGGGAACCCGUGCAACAUGCAUUUGUUGAAGCUGUCGGACAAGGUGAAACGGGGUGUUGAGGACGCUGGGAUGGUUGGGUUUAGAUUCAAUGCGGUCGGAGUAAGCGAUGCGAUUUCGAUGGGGACGAGGGGAAUGAGCUUCAGUUUGCAGUCAAGGGAUCUGAUUGCUGAUAGUAUUGAAACGGUUAUGGGUGCUAGUGGUAUGAUGGCAAUAUCUCUAUUCCCGGUUGUGAUAAAAAUAUGCCAGGUACACUUUAUUGCAAUGGGGAGGCUCAAUCGGCCAAGUCUUAUGGUUUAUGGUGGAACUAUCAAGCCUGGUCAUUUUCAAGGCAAUACAUAUGAUAUAGUAUCUGCCUUCCAGUGUUAUGGAGAGUAUGUUAGUGGAUCAAUAAGUGAUGAGCAGAGAAUGAAUGUUGUCCGUAACUCAUGCCCUGGAGCUGGGGCCUGUGGGGGAAUGUAUACUGCAAAUACAAUGGCUUCAGCAAUUGAAGCUAUGGGAAUGUCUCUUCCUUACAGGUCUGUUGGUCUUGAGUUGACUCUUGAUGAUUUUCAGAAGGUUAGUGAUGAAGUUCCAUUUCUGGCUGAUCUGAAGCCCAGUGGGAAAUAUGUCAUGGAAGAUAUGCAUAAGAUUGGAGGAACACCUGCUGUUAUUCGUUAUCUUUUGGAGUUUGGGUAUCUAGAUGGGGAUUGCAUGACUGUGACUGGGAGGACGAUGGCAGAAAAUGCAAAAAGUUAUACUUGUUUACCCGAAGGGCAGACCGGUGUCAAUCCUAUCAAGAAAACGGGGCACAUCCAAAUAUUAAGAGGGAAUCUUGCACCAGAGGGUUCUGUAGCAAAAAUUACAGGAAAAGAAGGACUACAUUUCUCUGGUCCUGCACUUGUCUUUGAAGGAGAGGAAGCUAUGCUAGCUGCUAUCUCAGAGAAUCCUAUGAGUUUUAAGGGAAAAGUAGUGGUCAUUAGAGGGGAGGGACCCAAGGGGGGCCCAGGCAUGCCUGAAAUGUUGACACCAACUAGUGCAAUAACGGGAGCAGGGCUUGGAAAGGAUGUUGCAUUGCUCACUGAUGGUAGAUUUUCCGGAGGUUCACAUGGAUUCGUUGUAGGCCAUGUUUGCCCUGAAGCACAGGAGGGUGGCCCCAUUGGUCUAAUCCAGAAUGGGGACGCCAUCAGCAUUGAUGUUCAGAAGAGGGCCAUUAAUGUUCAGUUGACGGAUGAUGAACUAAAUGAGCGAAGAAAGACAUGGACUCCACCUCCUUACAAGGCUAACAGAGGAACUUUGCAUAAGUACAUCAAGAAUGUGCAAUCGGCUUCCAUGGGAUGUGUUACAGACGAAUAAGCGAUAGCCAAAAGGAUAAACUGUUAAAGAUUAUAGAGUGAAAAUAGGCUUGAAUCCGUGCUCACUCCAUUGUGAUGCACGAGGUCUUUUUUCAGCUCAGGCCUGGUAACUUCUUGCUACAGAUUUUUAGGUUUAAUGUUAAUUGGUUUAAACUUUCUGAGUUGGAUGUUUGAUAUAGGCCUUUGUUAUUUUUUUUCUUCCUAUCUAGUCUCAUGCGAGGUUUACGAUUUCUGAUGAUGUUGCCUGUGUGUAGAUCUUGUGAGGGAGUUAAGUUGGGGUUUCACCCAUUUUCACUUUUAGGCAAUGUUAUUUGAACCGGACCGGACUGGACUGGCCAGUUGGAUCGGGAAUCAGCCAGUAUACUAAGGCUUUGAACCAAUUGACUUGAGAAUUGGUAAGGAUUGGUUAAAUUGAGUAAAAAAAUUGGUUGAACCCGAUUGUUUAUGUUUUGAAUUUUUAA